AUGGCUACAAUUUCCAAUAUGUUCAAGUCAGAAACAACAUCGAUUAUGGCCUUUGUCGUCGAGAUGGCAAUGACAGAAAUGUACAGAUUUUUGCCAAACUAUGACGCUAACAACGAUGGUAAUCCGGAGAGAGAGGUGAGUAUUGUAAAAUAUUUCCGGCACUGAGCAGUAUGAUUACGGGCGCCUAGUGACUACAACCAGCUACGUUAGCUAACGAACUAAAGUGAUCUGCAUAAAUUAGCGUCCUCCUAUUUGUUUAGUUAGCUAGAUCGUUAACUACCUACUGUAACCUAAUUUAACAGGCGUGAAAGAAACGUCUGAGCGUGUCCCCACUUCUGGUGUUCAGGGAAAUGGAAGCUAGGUUGAAGAUACUGUAUCCCUGAAACCGGAUGGUUUUGGUUUUCGUCAACUACCUAAUUUGGCUACCUAACUACUUAACUAGUACUACUGGUAGUUACUGGUUUCACACCCUCUGCUGUAGCUGGCUGUAUACAGUAACUAAUUAGUUCACUUGUUUCUAUUUCUCUACACAGCUCUGCACUGUUAUGAAUUUGUUGAUGGGGGAGGGUAUUCGUAAAAUCUGCCAACUAUUCCUAGUGGCCUCCUCACGUUUGCUAAAUGAAAACGACAAACUGAAGACCAAGGUGGAGCAGAUGGACGAAGAUCUGAAGGCAAUGACUGAGAAAGCUGAACAUUAUAGAACGUCUCUGGCUAAAGUGGAAGCAGAACCGAAAGUACCGACACCAACCCAUGUUCUGCACAAUGGAAUGAUCUUUGCAAUAAAACCAGUUGGUGAGUGUUGUAGACCUACACAGUCAUUAGGUUACUGCCUAUAACAAGUUAGCUAAAUAGGUCUGUUGUAGGCAUACUGAUUGUUUUGUGCCCCAUCUUUUGAUAGUUUUGUUUGUAUCAAUUUCACACAUCAUUUUGUGGAAAUGAAAAAGUGAGAGUUUUGAACAUGUUUCAAUUUAACUUUGCUUGUUAUUCUUUAGAUCUCCCAUUGUUGCCUGGAAUGACUGCGGUUUCAGCAUUGCCAGGGAAUUUCAGUCGAGCAAACACAGUCACUAAUGCAACGUCCAUCCAUGCAGGUAAUAUCCUCAAGAUGGUGUUAUUUUGAAUAAUCGUUGCCAAACCAGGGGUGCGUUCAGUUCAAUGUUUGCUGUGAUGGUUUGUAUGUUUUGUACCGAAAUAAAUGUUUCCCUCAAACAGUGCGCGUUAUUGGCUAACUGGAAAACGUUUUUUUCAGAAUAACACCGUUACCUUUGAAUCUCAUGUUGUACAGUUGUGUCCUGCUGAACGUGGUCCAGGGUCAUAUUCACUAGGAACCAAACAAAAGCAAAUGGGCCAAAAUGGGGAAUGACUACCUGAACUUUUUUUCUGUGGUGUGCACUAAUGAAUAUGACCCAGUUGUUCGAAAACAAUACACAGGCUGUUAAAAAGCAUGUUUAUUUUAAGGCAAAAAUAUGGAUACAGCCAUAUAUUGGUUGAUUUAUUUGACUAAAUUAAUUUUGUAUAAGCUAAUCGUUUUGUUAAAUUCUCUAACUUAGGCUAUUCCUUUUAUGUUUAGGACCUGCAAAGGUUUGCAGUAAACCUACAGAGACGUCUUCAUUGGAGUAUGACUCCUCUCUGACUACAGUGCCCUCACCAAGAGAUACUGAAUCCAACGUUGAGCAUAUGAGAGCUGCUCUUCCAGAGGGCACCGACAACGGCAGAGACAGCCAUGAAAGCCAGAAAAACAGCAAUACUACUAAUGGGACAGGAUCCACAGAAAACAAACACUUCAAGUGUGAUGUUUGUGAGAAGACAUUCAGCAAAAAAGAGUUGCUGAGAGUUCACAAGCUAAUCCACACAAAACCCUUCAAGUGUGAUGUUUGUGAGAAGACCUUCAGCAGGAAAGGGUUACUUGAAGGUCAUAAGCUAAUUCACACAAGGCCCUUCACGUGUGAUGUUUGUGACAAGACCUUCAGCCUGAACCGCAUGAUGUUACGUCACAAGCUAAUUCACACAGGAGAGAGGCCGUUUGCUUGUGGUCAAUGUGGCAAAACAUUCAGAAUGUCCAAGCAGCUCGAACGCCACAUGUUUCAUCACAAAGAAAACAAUUUAAGUUGCAAAGUCUGUGGAAAUACAUUCUCUACCAAGACAGAUCUUACACAACAUCGGCUAGUUCAUGCAGUGGAGAGACCGUUCAAGUGCCUGACUUGUGGAAAGUGUUUCACAAAAAGGACCAUACUUAUGGGGCACGAGAGAAUCCACACCGGUGAAAAACCAUACAGCUGCGCUGAAUGUGGGAAGAGUUACAGACAGUCUUAUGACCUAAGAAUUCAUAUGCGAAGACAUACAGGUGCAGACAUACGUCCACACUUAUGCUCAGAGUGUGGUAAGAGCUUUAGGACAAAGUCCGUCCUCGAAAAGCACAAGCGAAUUCAUACAGGGGAGAAGCCAUUUAAAUGUGAGACCUGUGGAGCUGCUUUUGGCCAUAAAGGAAACCUUGUGAGACACCAAGUUCUUCACACGGGGGAGAGACCAUACAAAUGUAAAGUGUGUGGGAAAAGCUACCCACAGUCCACCGACUUAAAAGCUCACAUGCACCGUCAUGGGGCAACCAAACCAUUUAUGUGUGACCUAUGUGGAAAGACUUUUAUUUACAAUUACCAAAUGAGACAACACAAUCUACAAUGGCACACGGCUGAAGGAGAUAAGGUUCCUGGGAGAGAGGGAACAUCAACAAAGCCAUUCAGUUGCAACAUAUGUUUGAACGGCUUCAGCUCCAUGCUAACUCUGAAAAAGCAUAAAGAAAUUCACACAGGACAAAAGCAAUACUCUUGUUCCAUUUGCGGAAAGACCAUUGCAUAUAAAAAUGCUUUUGACUAUCACAUGAGAGUUCACAGUGGAGUGAAGCCCCAUGAAUGCAAAUACUGUGGAAGGAAAUUCAUUCUGAAGCAAGCUCUUCAAGGACAUGAGAGGACCCAUACAGGUGAAAAACCCUUCAAAUGCAGUUAUUGUGACAAGACUUUUGCAGUCAACACCAAUCUGAAAAGGCAUGAGCGAAUCCACACGGGAGAGAAGCCAUUCAAAUGUGAUGUCUGCGGGAGAGGUUUCAGCCAAGCCAACAAUGUCAAAGCCCACAUGCAAGUCCACACUGGAGUUAGGCCUUACUAUUGCAAGAGAUGUGGAAAAGGCUUUUCUGACAUAAGACACUACAAAAACCAUAGCUGUAAUGGUGUGGCAGCGACACGCACACACUGUGAUGGUGAUAAUUAUCGUAAAUCUUCUGACCGCACUUUCAGAAGUAGAAAAGGAGGUAGACAGGAGUGCUUGCCAUAA